GUCUAAGAUGCACUUUGUAAAUCUUUGCUAAAGUGUAUGGGUUUUUUUUAUUAUUUAUUUAAAGACCAUUUGACUGCCAAAGAGAUGGGGUGUGGGGGGAGGAAAUCUCCCUAGAAUCCUUUAGAAGAGGGAGGGUGUGUCCAAGAGUUUAAAAUGGUGCUUAAAAGGCAGGUUCUUGGGGAGUGUCCCCAAACACAGUAGCAAUGACAUGCGAGGCGUCUAAAAGACGUGAAACUUGAAAGAUCCCAUGAGUUUUCCGCGGGUUAACUAAUCUGAUGCACCUGGCUUUGUAAAAACUGGUUCAGCCAAUUGCCAGAGUUUCCGUGUCACCCAUUCAGAACUUAAGGUGACUCAGUCUCUGCCCGACUCUCUGGGGACAUUCUGAUCCUACUGUAAGGCCCCUUCUUCCCUCGUGUGAAGUUGCUUUUUUCUUAGGCAUCUAAAACAAGCAUACCUUGUGCCAGCAAAAUACUCAAUUUAAUUUAUUGAAUUACACAAUAUUCAUUUUACUUGCUGAAAAUUUCAAUUCAUUGGGCAAGUUUAAAAAAAGAAAAGCAAACAUUUUGUUGUUUUUGUUCUGUUGUUUUGAGAAGGCACCCCUUCCAUUUGUUAGACUACAGGAAUCAAACUCGGGACUCUCAGCAGCACAGCACGGAGUAAACUUAUGGUGGUUUCCUGAGAUGAGCGUAGAACGGAAUCUGCUGUGAGGCACAGUGGGAACACCACAGCUGACCCCACUAAAGCGCAAUAAAGAUCGCUUUGCUGUGGUCCAGCAUGCAGAAGUAAGCGUGUGGUGAAAGGCAGCAGAUCCGAUGGGUUGCGAGGAUGUAAGAUCGUCUGAAGGCUUCCACACCCUCUCCUCCAGGACAGAAUCAUGAAUAAACUGGAGGACCAGCAGGACCAGAUGAUACCAUGAAGAGAAGUUUACAGGCCCUCUAUUGCCAACUAUUAAAGACUGUGCUCUGGGAAGCAGUUCCCAGCGGAGCCAUGGACCUCAGUCCGGCUGUUGAACCUGUGAUCUCUGGACAUUUCUGGAACCCACCAGGCUUUCUCCUGACCUUGGCACUGACCAAAGCACUGGUACUCGCUGUCCACGAACCAUCUCCCAGGGAAUCUCUACAGACCCUCCCCUCAGGCAGCCCCCCAGGCACCAUGGUGACAGCACCUCACAGCCCUACCAGACUCUCCUCUGUGCUGACACUGAAUCCUACACCUGAUGGACCCUCAUCACAGGCUGCAGCUACUCUGGAAACUACAGUAUCUCAUCCAGAAGGGCACCCUCCUACAGACACCACGUCUACAGUGAUGGGGACAGCUGCCGUCCCGCAUCCCGAAAGUCCUCUGCCCACAGGGUCCCCUCCAGCUGCCAUGACAACCACACCCUCCCACUCAGAGAGCCUCCCCCCAGGGGAUGCUACCCCCACCACUACCCUGCCAACAAAGCCAGCAGGAACCACCAGCCGCCCCACAGUGGCCCCACGGGCCACCACUCGUCGGCCCCCCAGACCCCCGGGCUCUUCCAGGAAGGGGGCUGGUGGUUCGACUCGCACUCUCACACCCGUACCGGGUGGCCACUUGGCCAGGAAGGAAAGCCAGAGGGGACGAAACCAGAGCUCAGCACAUCUGGGGCCGAAGCGUCCUCUGGGGAAGAUCUUCCAAAUCUACAAGGGUAACUUUACGGGGUCUGCGGAGCCAGACCCCUCCGCGCUCACGCCCAGGACCCCACUCGGGGGCUACUUCUCUUCGACACAGCCCCAGACAGUGUCUCCAGCUACAGCACCCAGAAGCACCUCACGGGUGCCCCCCACAACUUCCCUGGUACCUGUAAAGGACAAGCCAGGCUUUAUCAGAUCCAACCAGGGGAGUGGCCCCAUCCUUACCAGCCCAGGAGGGGAGCCAGCUGCCACAGCAGCCACAGGUGCCCCUGCCAGUACACAGCCUGCCCCAGUGCCUUCUCAGAGCCCUCAUGGUGACGUGCAGGACAGCGCCAGCCACAGUGACUCUUGGCUUGCUGUCACACCUGACACUGACAGACCCACGUCUGCCAGCUCCGGGGUCUUCACGGCUGCCACAGGGCCCACCCAGGCUGCCUUUGAUGCCACUGUCUCAGCCCCUUCCCCGGGCAUCCCUCAGGGACCAUCUGCAACCCCUCAGGCCCCAACCCGGCCCUCUGGGGUCUCAGAAAGCACUGUUUCUCCAGCAGAGGAAGAGGCUGAGGCCUCCCCCACGACAACCGACAGGGGCCCCAGACCUCUCUCCACAGUGCUGUCCACAGCCACGGGCAACUUCCUCAACCGCCUGGUCCCUGCUGGGACCUGGAAGCCGGGGACUGUGGCCAACAUCUCCCACGUGGCUGAAGGGGACAAACCCCAGCACAGAGCCACCAUCUGCUUGAGCAAGAUGGAUAUUGCCUGGGUCAUCGUGGCCAUCAGUGUCCCCAUCUCCUCCUGCUCGGUCCUGUUGACAGUGUGCUGCAUGAGGAGGAAGAAGAAGACGGCCAACCCUGAGAACAACCUGAGCUACUGGAACAAUGCCAUCACAAUGGACUACUUCAACAGACACGCGGUGGAGCUCCCGAGGGAGAUCCAGUCCCUAGAGACCUCAGAGGACCAGCUCUCAGAGCCCCGCUCCCCAGCCAAUGGCGACUAUCGAGACACUGGGAUGGUCCUCGUGAACCCCUUCUGCCAGGAAACACUGUUCGUGGGAAACGACCAAGUUUCCGAGAUCUAGAUGCAGCAGCCUCCGCUUUGCCACUCCCUAUUUUUGUCUCUAAAUUAUAAAUAUACAAAUAUAUAUAUUAUAAAUAUAACCUUUGUGUAACCCUGACUUAAUAAGAGACAUUUUCAGCUUUUUUUCCUAAGAAUUGUCAACAUCUUUUUUACAAGUGUGGUUUAAAAAAAAAAAAAUUUACAGAAUGACCCAUGGCUUUAUAAAAUAAAGGUAUUUCUAAGCAAAGCGGUUGCACUGAUUGCUUCUCUUAACUGUUCUGGGCAUGUAGAGGUUCCAGGAGCCCUGGGCAGAUGAGGAAAGAGACCAAUCUCCCGUGGAAGCUGAACGUUAGUGUGGCCAAGUGAGUGGUCAUCUGCGUGGUCUUGAUGCUCUGGUUCCCAGGACUCAGUGUGCCCUCAUCUCCUGUCUUUUUGUAUGUAUCCUAGUGGUGGGGAUAGGGGCACCACAGUGGAGGACACAGGCAGGUGGUGUGCAAAACGGAAGGGAACGGUGCCAGCCUGGAGCCUCACUGUAGCAUCACUGAAUGUCGAGUUUGACAGGAUCGGUGGAGGCCAUCAAGAGCCUCCAGCCCCCUUUUAUGACCCCACAGGAUGCUCCCACCAUGCUAGAAGAAACAGGACUGCCUUUGUCUGGCAGGAAAGUGGUCCCUAGAAACUCUUCUCAGCAUCCCUUCUAACAUCCCUGCCUGCCCUUGGAUGCCCUGCCUCUCUUCCUGGAGGACAGAUGCAGAUCUCAGCCCUUGCCCUUCACUGUUCAAGUGUUGGUUGGGAUUCAGUAUUGCUUUCUCCAAAGGCAAUGAUAUUGUGCUCCAUGAGAAACAGGUUUAUCUAUUAAGCCUUGCAGUGUAGAACUAUUUUUUUUAACCUUCCCCCAUUAAAUCUUUAAAGAAAAAAAUAAAAGAUUGCCAAAUGACUCACUUGAAAGAAGUGCCAUUCUGUCUACAGGCAGAAGCACGGCAGACCUGCCCACAAACUUGCCAUCCGCUUUCGCUGUCCCCUGUCCCCCCCAAACCCCCUUGUUCCCCUGGGUCCGGGUCCAGCUGCCUUCCCCAGCCCACACUGUACCCAGCGUGGCCAACAAGGAUCUCUCAGAGACCCAAGAGGGGUUUCUGGAGCCAAUUGCUUUUCUCUGUUACUUUCCUAACCUGUCAUGGCUAGGGAUUUAACUUCAACCCCUCCCCCCUUCUCUAAAAGAAAAUAAUAGUUUGAUAGUAUAUUUUGAAUAUAGAUGUUCUUAUCAGAUUGGAGCUUGAAUUUGUCUGUUGAUUUCCAUGUCUGUGUUGUUGCUGUGAUUUUCUCAUCAGGACUGCCUCUCUUCUUCCAUUCCCCUUUUCCAAAAGAAAGACGGCCUUCAAAACUAAUGUGUGUUUCUCAAUGUUACAUGGACCUACUUAGAGUCUGCUUGUCUCUCUUCAAAGACUUCAACCCACAAAGAAGCAGGUUAAAUGUUGUGCCGAGAUUUCGCUCUCUAACAUGUUGCUGUCUGACCUUAACCUUAUCAUAAUAUUUCUGUUAGCUACUGCGUUGAAUAUACCAAUGUGUGUGAGUAUGUAUUGAAGAAAACAUGUUUGUAAAGUAAAAUUUAUAUAUAAUAUAUGUCAUCAAAGAUACAUAUGUUAUAUAUAUAUACAUUUGUGGACGUAUGACUUAUUUUUCCGUAUCCACAGAAUUCAGCUACCAUGUAUAUAUAAAUAAACUUAUUUUAUUACCCAGAGGA